CUUUCUUGUGUGUUCUCUCUUCAGGGUUGGUAUGGGAGGGAGGAAAAAAAAAAAUAAGAACAGACAGCACCAGGACAACCAGUCUGGCCCAGCACCAGCACCAACACCAGACAGGCGCCCUAAUCUAGAAGACAAAAAGGAAGGGUCACCUGAUGCUGGGGCCGCCCCCGUCUCCUCCACCACCACCGCCGCUGCCGCUGUCCCCCCAGCUGCUGCUUUUGUGAUGGAGUGUGAAGUAUGCCAAGAGAAAUUUGAUAGGCAGAGCCACAAGCCAAGAAACCUGGUAUGUGGACAUGCUUUCUGUUCCGACUGCUGCAAACAGUUGUUAAACCAGCAGAGCAUCCCUUGCCCCAAGUGUCGCACGAUCACACCAGUGAAAUCUGUUGGUGCCUUGUCAGUAAAUUACCCCAUAAUGGACAUAUUGGAGGGCAUGGAUGUGGAUACUACAGAAACAGCAAGCAUGAAGAAAGACAAAGGGGACAAAGGCUCGUCAUGGGUCAGUGGCAUAUUUUCAGGUCGUCAAAAGAAAGAAGAAAUUUCCCCACACAGAGGAAAGUGUCUUGAGGCUCAGGCUGAGGUGGCCAUGCACUGUGCACACUGUAACCUGUGGCUGUGUAAAGACUGCAGUCGCAUUGACCACAGACGCCCGGAAUGUGUCCUUGUGCCUUACCAGGACACGCUGAAGGAGAUGGGCCAAAUCGAGAAGGCCAAGAUGAAGGUUACCCAAGAAGCAUUAGAAGAUUUCUACUGUGAGGCGAAUGAAUACGGUUGCCAACUGACCUCUUGUGCCACCAUUCUGGAGAUUGCUCUUGACUGCAUAAAAAAGGAGCAGAGUCAUUUGCCGAAUGUCCUCAUCCACGCCAGGAAACUACAGCAAGGUUUGAGCGACAGCGCCGUGAAACGUAUCCCUGAUGAUUUAGAGGAUGCAUUGUAUUACCUUGAAACUUUGCAGACAGUUACUCAGGCAGCAGAGCAAUGGGCAGCCAAUGCCUCCACCUCUGUACUGAAGGUGGACCAGGUGUUCAGGCUGUCCAAGACUCUGCUGCAGACGGCUGUACAGUUGCAUGGCACUGCCAGCGAGGGUAUAAUGGGCCAACACAGCGUUAAUGGCAUCGACAUGACCCUGCCAGUGGACAUGGAUGGAAGCCGCAUGCUGGUGCACGCAGUGCAACGCAGUGCUCCCAACAGAAGCUGCAGGCUAGUGAAGCUGGCGCACAUCAUGUCGUGCAUCGACCCCUCAAGUGCCCUCACCUUCCUGGACAUCAGCUUGAGGGGGCAGGAGCUGGGCAGGGUGUUCAUACGCCUCCUGUGCGGCUCCAAGCGGUCCCGCAGCUUCCUGAUGAUGUGUACCGGCGAGGGAGGGCCAAGCUUCAGAAACACUCCCUUUCAUCGCGUGUGUUGGGAGGGGAAGCCAGGGGAACACCUCUGGUCUGGGGAUUAUGACCACGCGGACGGUAGUGGAGGCAGCCUUCCCAAGGAAAUUCAAGACCAGACCAAGGAGCUAUGGAAUGAAAAGACCCAGGUGCUCGUUGCUUCUGGACUGGUAGCUGGAAGAUACGGGAACCACAACAGCACAAUCUUUCGUGUGUACACUAGAGACAGCCCUGACGUGAAGGAGGAGUUUGCUCUCGGCCGGGUGGAGUAUGGGCUUGAGGUGUUCAAGGAUGCACUUAAGAAGUACAACAACAUCACCCACUUGAUGAUCUCUGACUGUGGCAUAGUGGUGGAGCCUUAACUCCCUUCCCCCAACUCUCAUUUCCCUUCCCCUCCACUCUUUACAUAUGCUAGGAAGAUGACACUAACAUUUUACUAGAAGAGGAGGAGUCUUGCCCUUUACACAUGCUAGGAAGAUAACGCCUACAUUUUACUAGAAGUGGAGGUCGUGUUCGCAAAGUCCUCUGUGAAUUUUUCCCUGCAAGACUGCCUGUUUUGAGAGGGAUGCAAGUGAAUAAUUAAAUGAUUGCAAACCUCAUGAGCGAUUUGAGAGUACUUUAAUGAUGAAAGGGCUAUUUUUGUGUAUAGUAUACAUAAUUAUAAUGUAUGCCAUGGGGGAUUACUGACUUUUUACUCAAGUUUAACAAUAAUUAUUAUAUAUACAUUUCUGUCACAUCAUUGCUUCAAGGAGUGGUUGUUAUGCAGAAACAAAUGAAUGAGCGUCAGUUUUUGCUUGUUCUUGCCUGUAUACAUUCAUAAUCGCAACUUAAAUCAUUUGCAUUGCUAUAUUGGCACCGCUUCUAAAAACGUUUAUGCAUUGCCAGAUAUAUUUUCACGCAAGUAGUUCAGGGAAAUAAAUGGGUGUGUCAUUUUUA